AACCUUGUAGAAACAGACAGAGUAAAGCAGAGCAGGGGACAGCCGUCGUCAUCCAAAGCAGAGAGAUCACGAGAAAAAUCUUCAGUGUUCAUCCACGAAACUCCUGGAACCCCAUCUUCUCUUCCUAUAUAAACCCUCCUCGAUCAAUUUCCUCUGCGCCAGUUCAGUUUAGGUCAGCGAGAAACAACCGGAAAAAUCUUGCUUAACGCUCUGUCUGAACGUUUGCGAGCUCAGUGCUUUGUUUUGCUUUCGUCAUGGCGAUGAUUCCUAGUUUCUUUGGUGGGAGGAAGAGCAACGUCUUCGACCCCUUCUCCCUCGAUCUGUGGGACCCCUUUGAGGGCUUCGGCCCUUUAACGUCGACUCCGACCCUCACCCGGGAUGACGCCACUGCGAUCGCGGCCACCCGGAUCGACUGGCGGGAGACCCCUGAGGCUCACAUCUUUAAGGCGGACCUUCCAGGGCUGAGGAAGGAGGAGGUGAAGGUCGAGGUGGAGGACGGCAGGGUGCUGCAGAUAAGCGGGGAAAGACGGAGAGAGCGGGAGGAGAAGGGCGACACAUGGCACCGAAUGGAGAGGAGCACGGGCCAGUUCACGAGGCGGUUCAGACUGCCGGAGAAUGCGAAGAUGGACCAGGUGAAGGCUAGCAUGGAGAACGGGGUCCUCACUGUCACCGUCCCGAAGGUCGAGGAGAAGAGGUCUGAGGUCAAGAAAAUCAACAUCUCUGACUAAACCCGGAAAAUGGCCGAGUUUCGGUAGCCAAGGAAGUACCUAUGCGGUGGAUAUGACAGAGUGGCUUUGUGAGGCAGAGAAGCUCCUCUGCCGUAGUCUGUUUUGCCUAUAGAGGUUUUUUGUGCAGUCUAUAAAUAUAAAUAAAAUAUAAAUAUGUAUAUAUGUAUGUAUCAGGUGCAUAUAUAUGUGUAUCUAUAUAUGUAAUGGUUAUAUGAGUUCGUAUCUUGUCUGCGUGAAUAAAACUCUGUGAUCCAUAAUCCUCCAUUCUACCGA